UGCAAUCUAUUAUCUGGUUAUCACAACCAAGGCACUCAUCCUUUUGUCCUGCUUCUCGACAACUUCUCAAGAUUGCUAUCAAUUAGGUUGACAAUAACAUGCAUGUACCUUUUUCUGCUCCAGCAGCCUAGAUUCCCCAGUACAUGGGUACUUCCUAGGGACUCGAGAGACACUACAGGACCCACGGCCCCCAGUGCGCUGGGCUACAGACUGUUCUCGUCUCGAAAAUUAGAUAUUUUAUGUAAGAAACAGAGAAGACUUCAACACAGGCGCUCAUCCGGAUGUUUCCGGUGUUCCUAGAACGUCUUGGUCGAGACUAGCUAAGUUCUACGCGUAUGACAAUUGACCUAGCGCUCAGCGUUGCUUGUAGUACUCCUUAUACAUGGCUCAAGCGCUCAUGCACAUGGUCCACGAGUCAUCUGAUCAAUCAUUAAUCAUCGUCGACGUGACACAAUCACUUAUUCCCCGGUCCCAGAAUGUUAACAACCUCGGAGCUCCCGAGACGACCAUCGAAGAUCCUAACCACCACCUCACCAGCCCUCCUCCCAAAAACGACUACCGAAGAUUCCAACCCCCCACAAACGACCCCAACCCAACCCAACCUCCACGCACAACUUUAAUACUAAUGUCAACCAUCGCCAUCGUCUCAGCAGGAGCAAUGGGCUCCGCAAUAGCCAAACGCCUCGUCCACGCCGGCUGCACAAUCUACACCAACCUCGACGGCCGCUCCCCCGCAGCCCACCAACGCGCCCUCGACGCAGGGAUGAUAAAUGUCCCCCUCGAAACCCUCCUAUCCAAGUCAAACUGGAUACUGAGCAUCGUGCCUCCAGGAGAAGCGUUUGCGUUUGCGCGCAGAGUCGUUGCGGUGUCCAAUUCCGUGCCCCUUCCCCUUCCACGCGCGUUUGUCGAUUGUAACGCUGUGAACCCCGAAACGGUAAGACGCAUCGGAGGGCUGUUUAGAGAGACCCAUAUGGGAUUCAUCGAUGCAGGGAUAGUAGGGACACCACCGCGAGAAGGAUGGGAUCCCACUUUUUAUGCCUGUACAGAAUCAGGAUCUGAAGACGUGUUGGAAGAGUUUGCUGCGCUGUCCCAAUACGGACUCAAAAUAUCACUGUUGAAAGGCGCGGGUGCUGGAGUAGGCGAUGCGAGUUCUUUGAAGCUUUGCGAGUCCAUGAUGAAGAAAGGAUCUAUAGGCCUCUUCAUGACGAUGAUGCUGACUGCCCACCGCUCCUCACCAGCAACAGCCGACGCCCUAAUGAAGGAACUCAGCAUCUCCCAACCAGCCCUAAUGGGCAGACUCAUCCAAACAGUCCCAGAAGGAAUCCCCAAAGCCUACCGAUUCGUAGCCGAGAUGGAAGGGCUCGCAGAAUUCGUGGGAGGGGGAGAAGCGGAUAUUUUUAAGGGAUUCGCGAGGGUGUUUGAGAGAGUGGCGGGGUCGCUUGAGGGUGAUGGGGUAGAUGUCGAGACGUUGAGGAGUGGCGUGGAGAAGGCUCUGGAGUUGCAGGGGACGUCGAAGUAGGCGUUGGGUUGAUCUCCAAUUCGGUCAGGGCAUGUCAAUCAAAGAUUUUGCUCAACACGCGUUCCAAAGUUUGGAGGUGAAAUUGCACUUGUCGAGCGAUCACAACCUCAACUACAAAUUGUAGACACAGACGUAAGACAUGCAUGCACGUAGUUCAAGAUGUGAGGUCGAUAGAAGAACUGACAACAUUUGUAAUUGUGCAGCACUCUCUAAGCGUUUCUAAGUCAAACAAAUCUCCAUGGCACGCGCGAAAUACCUCCAAGAAAAAAGGCAAUGAGGAUAAUGCUGUCAAUAGUGAGAGCUUAAUCCAAGUGCUUCGUGGGGGGCAACAACUAAACCGGGAGUAAAUGUCAAGUGGGGAUCGAAGUAAAGUAGGGGAUCGAAGUGCGCGCAACGUAGGCAAGAAGGGAUCAAAAUAAGUGACUAC